AGGUUUGUUUUAGCAUGAUAUGUGGACCAGGCCUGUAGUUGACGAAUAAAGACAUACAAGUUUACUGGUUCCAUUUAACUUUAUUUGGGUGGCGGCAGAGGGUAAUAAGUAACAGCUGUUUUUAAGCUUUCUUAGCUGACAAUCCCUAUGUUUUAAAUCUUAAAGUGCGGAGAAAAAAACAUAUGGCAGUCCUGUUUCAGAAUCCUCACCAUCGCCUCCAAUUGAAGAAAAGCAGUUGCCUGCUUUAACAAAAGUUGUGGAAGAAACUGUGUCAGGAACCUUAGAUAAGUCUCCUGAGGAAGUGCUUCCACCUGACUUAAAAAAAAGAAAAACCACCUCUCCUGAACUUACUGUCCCAGAAGAGACAAAAAGUUUGCCCACCAGUGAGCAGGAAGCUUCAUCGCUUCUUUCAGAAAUCGAAAUGGAAGAUGCAGCUCAACCUAAGACAAUUAUGAGAGAUACUAAAAGGAUAUCAGCAGCUAUCAGUCCAGAACAGGCUUCCACUUUACAAAAAGAAAUCCCACAAACGUACAUGGAUUCUUCAGGACUUGAAGAGGGUGGAACUAAGAAUUUGAUUAAUAAAAAAAUGGAUCAGCUUGCAAACAAUUUGGCAGAGCUGGAAGGAGUUCCUGAAGCAGAAACUUUAGCCAAACUUUUGCUAGAGCCUAGCAAAGGCAUGGAAUUAUUAUCAGAUGAACAAAAACUUCAGUUACUAAAUCAGCUGAUACCUCCAGAUGGACUCCAGCAACUUGGUAAACCAGAAGAAGAGCAAACAGAACAGACAAGGCAGCUACUGUCAAAUGUAGUAUCAACUCUCCAGCUUCUACAGCAAGCACAUGUUCCUGAAGAUGGCUUAUCAGAGGAAGAAAUGAAUGAGAUGACAGAGAAAAGAAGAGCUUUACUUGCAAAUCUGGACACUAAUCUUAAGGUUCUUCAACCAGCAGAAGCUGUUAGACCAGGGCAACAAGACAUUGACAAUGAAAUUAACAUGCUGACAGAAAAAGGAAGCCAUUUGCGUGCAAGCUUGGAAUCAAAUAUGAGAGAUUUGGAAGAAGCUCAAGCUCUCGCAGCUACCCAGCCAUCAGAAAUGAGUGAGAACAAAGUGAAGGAGUUACUACAACAAAGAGAACUGUUGACUGCAGAUUUAGAGCAGAAUAUGCAGGACCUGCAAACUACAAAAGCUCUUGCAGCUGUCUUGGAAGAAAAAGCUAAGCCUGAGAAGGGAAUUGAUGAACUCUCAAAAGAAAGAAAGGUUUUGCUUGCAAGUUUGAAAUCAAAUAUGAAGGAGUUAGAAGAAGCAGAAACUCUUGCUGCUGCCCAACCAGGAAGUGUGAGUGAUAAAAAGAUAAAGGAGCUUAAAGAACAAAGAAAGGUACUAGCUGCACAUCUAGAAGCAAAUCAACAGGAUCUGCAAAUGGCGCAAGGUUCUGCUCCAGAACCUGCUGAAGCAAGCAAACUUCAGAAGAAGGGAAUUGAUGAACUCUCAAAAGAAAGAAAGGUUUUGCUUGCAAGUUUGAAAUCAAAUAUGAAGGAGUUAGAAGAAGCAGAAACUCUUGCUGCUGCCCAACCAGGAAGUGUGAGUGAUAAAAAGAUAAAGGAGCUUAAAGAACAAAGAAAGGUACUAGCUGCGCAUCUAGAAGCAAAUCAACAGGAUCUGCAAAUGGCGCAAGCUUCUGCUCCAGAACCUGCUGAAGCAAGCAAACUUCAGAAGAAGGAAAUAGAUGAGCUCUCAAAAGAAAGAAAAGUUUUGCUUGCAAGUUUGAAAUCAAAUAUGAAGGAGUUAGAAGAAGCUGAAACUCUUGCCACUACCCAACCAGGAAGUGUGAGUGAUAAAAAGAUAAAAGAGCUUAAAGAACAAAGAAAGGUGCUGGCUGCUCAUCUAGAAGCAAACCUGCAGGAUCUGCAAAUGGCGCAACCUUCUGCUUCAAGCAUUGUUGGAAAAAGUAAACUUCAGGAAAUGAAACAUUCUGCAUUAUCUGAGAAGAAAAAACUUUUGCAAGAAAAACUAGAUUCAAAUCUAAAAGAUCUACAAGAAGCAGAAACGCUUGCAUCUCUCCAGUCAGACAGUGCGAAUGAGCAAAGACUUCAGGAACUUUCUGAGCUAAGACAACAUUUGACUGAAGAGCUAAAGGAUCUAGAGGAAAGUAUGCAAGAUAUGCAUGAAAUGGAGCUUCAGGCUUUACAAAGAGCUUUAUUUCUAAUACCCAGUGAAAAGGGAUUAAAUGAAUUGUAUGAGCUAACUGAAAAGAAGCAACUGUUACUAGAGAAGUUGGCAUCUACUAAGAAAGAACUACAAGAAGCUCAGGAACUUGCAGCUACUCAACCAGGGAGUGUUAGUGGGAUUAACUCAGUUAAUCCUGAGGCAAUGGGUGUGUGCACAGGGGCCAAACUUGAGUUUUUUAUAUCUCAGUUUGGAGCCCACAAGACUGCCACAAGUUAA